GAAGUUUUGGUUAGAUGAUUUCUGUCGUACAGUGAAAUGAUUUCAGGGUUGUGAAGUGAGUGAUAGUUAGCUCGUUUUUUUUUGUCCUCUGGAAAUGUUAUGAAACAAGGAUUUAUAGCCAAUUUUUCCAAGUAUCUGUCAGUGUAACGUAUCCACUAGUCUAGGUAGAUGAACAGACUAACUAGAAUCAAUCAACUGACCCUUUUUUUUUUUUUUUCCUUAUCCCCCGAAGGACGUCAUCACUUCAGGUCACUGUUACAUCAGAAGUGACGCUUCCUGUUCUUUUGUUUAUUAUGACAUCACCUCCAGUACCGUUAGCAGAGUCAGGGAGAUACAUUAUGGGAUUUUUUAAAAUGUUCCCGCCGAGUCAGUACUGAGAUGAAUCAUGGGAAACCGACGGAGGAAGAGAGGGCGCGAACACAGAGAUUCUUAUGGGUUUAUUAAGAUCUCUGAGCUGCUGACCCAACUGGCUGUGAGAACCACACCCCCUAAUGGGGCCCUCCCCCGUAACGUCAGCCUCCUCCCCUCCUUCACCCUCCCCUCGGUCCGAGAAACGACCGCCACCACCCGCUCCAAGGCCCAGCUCCCAGAAUGCAUCACGAGACUCUCAGACACCCAGUGUCGGAAGUGGUACCACCAGAGACAAGCCACGCCCUUCUCCGCCUCUAACCCCACCCCAGCCCUUAACCCUAGGCCUGCCCCCAACACCCCGGGACACACCACUGCUCCCGCCUCCGCCAAUAGCAGCCAACCAGGGAGAGAGAGACCCAGCCUGGUUUCCUCUGAUUUGUUUUUCCUGCCCUAUCUUGUGGCAAGGGAGACUGCGAAGGGCUGUGAUUCGCUGUCAUUGGUGAGGGAUCUGUUCCAGAGGGGUGAGGUGUGUCCAGACAUCCUGGGGGUGAAGGAGUGGUCGAGCCAGAGACCUGCUGCCUGGACCAAGGAUACAGCAGUAGCACAACAACGCAUGUCGAUAGAACCUGCGGCUAUACGCACUAGGUCUCCAGUACGUCCUGUGCCAGCUCCACGCACCAGGCCUCCAGUGCGCCUCCCCAGUCCAGAGCUUCCGGCGACGGUUUCCAGUCCAGAGCUUCCGGCGACGGUCAAUGGUCCGGAACCUUCAGCGGGGGUCAACGGUCCGGAGCUUCCAGGUAAGGCGUCCAGUCCUGCUCCAGGGCAGGAGCCUCCCUCUGCGCCGGUGCCCAGUCCAGGCACGGUGCCCAGUUCAGCUCCAAGGCCGGAGCCUUCCCCUGCACCGAUGUCCAAGCACGGCGUCCAGUCCUCCUCCAUGGCCGGAGUGUUCUUCUGCGCCGGUGCUCAGUCCAGAUACGGUGUCCAGGCAGGAGCCUUCAUCGGCACCGAUGUCCAGGCCAGGUCUGGUGUCCAGUCCCGCUCCAUGGCAGGAGCCUUCCUUGACACCGAGGUCCAGUCCAGGCACAGUGUUCAGCCCGGGUCCAUGGCUGGAUCUGUGGGAUGAGCGGGUUCUGCGGCCCGCACCAGACCGGCCACCAAAGCUGGUGGAUCCGCGAGCUGAGCAGAUUUCAAGGUUUACUGCUAACCUACAAAGCAUUACAUGGCCUUGCUCCUACCUAUCUCUCCGAUUUGGUCCUGCACGUACGCUACGGUCACAAGAUGCAGGCCUCCUAAUUGUCCCUAGAAUUUUUA